GGCUUCAUCACGGUGUCGACUAUGGCUACUGCGAAUUCUGGGCAGGCGCCUGGGGAAUCAUCGAGGCCUCGAGAACACCAACGCGAAGGCCGGCAACGGAAGCAGUAUGACAAUGAUCUUAUUCAGCAACGGAUACGGGCGUGGCAGCCUCUCCUCAGCCCUAAAUGGGUCAUUGCUACCUUCAUAGCGUUUGCUGCAGCCUUCAUUGGAAUAGGCAUCGGCCUGGUCGAGGCGGACAAGAGUACCAACGAGCUAAAGGUGGAUUACACUAGCAUCGCUAACGGAGGGCUCUUCCCCGUGAAUAUCGUGGUCAAUGCUGACAUGAAAGCCCCCAUAUAUGUGUACUAUGAACUCACGAAUUUUUACCAGAAUCAUAGGCGUUAUAUAGCGUCUCGGGAUUACUCGCAACUUGCAAGUCCUGGUAGUGUUUCUACGAGUCGUGGUGCUAAUGGUGGCUGCAGUCCGUGGGAACGAGAUGGAUUUGAACGAAAUAACUACCCAUGCGGGCUGAUCGCGCGGUCUACCUUCAACGAUUCCUACAUCAUCGACACUAAACGCAUCGGAUCUGUAGUGUGGGAGAGGACUAAUGUUACCGAGACCAAUACUGUAAUAGCCUGGGAGGAUGAUGUGAAGUAUAAGUUUGAUAACCUCGAUCCGGAGGGCUUCAUUGAUGAGGGAGUACAGAAUCAGGUGUCUCUGAAUAUGUGGCUCAACUUUUACUUUCCUCCCCAAGUUUGUGUACCAAUAGCUGCACGAGAGAACUCUUCUGAGUACAAGCAAAUAUACGUCAUGAGUGCUACUGCUGACUCGGCCACCAACCAUACAGCCUGCGCCAACUACAUGACGGAUCAAGCCUCAUGUAAAUUCACUUUGGUGCCCGGUGGUGUUGAGGGUGUUGAUCCGGAGUUUGCGUGUAGUGCGGCAGAAGGAUACGAGAGGAAACUCAACCCGGCUGGCUGGGGUCUUCUCAACGGUCGUUUCAUUGGGUGGAUGAGGCCUGCUGGUUUGCCAACGUUCAGGAAGAUGUAUGCCCGGAUAGAUGACGACUUGAAAGUUGGUGAUGUUCUCCGACUCACAGUGUCAGACCAUUUCCCUACAGCCCAGUACGACGGUACUAAAAGCAUCGUCAUUGCUACUACCACUUGGGCUGGCGGCAAGAAUGGCAUAUUGGGGUACUCCUACAUCGUUGUGGGUGUUGUCUGCGGUGUAUUCGCAAUAGUAUUUGCUAUCACUUAUCUCCGCAAGAAAAACAGACUGGGCGAUUCAGACUACCUCAGCUGGGGUGAGCAGUAGAGGCAAUUCUUCACCUUGUACCAUCGUAUAGUUCCAUAUGAUUUUUGUACUACAACAAGGAUUGCUGCUGUAGUGAUGGCCUCCCUCCUAGUGCUGUUUACAUUGUCGCACAUGCUAUU